AUGGAGGGCGACCCUCGCUUCCGGCAACAGUUUGCUCGCGAUUUCCGGGCUGUGGAAGAGGAUCCUAGCGACGCCGACGCAUCAGCGAUCCCGAAUUUGCAAGUUUCCGAUACCGAAUUGAACGCUCUGCAGUCCCGAUUUCUUGAUGGUACCCCUAACCCUGAGCGCAUGACUGAUCUGGAGUAUAUGCCGCGUAGCGCAAACUCUCCACCGGAUGCCGCUGCCUUCCAUUCGCAGAACCCUAUCGACGAAUUCAACCGUUCCCAGCCGCUGCUAACGCUCGCGUUCCCUACCCUCUACCCUGACGGCAAGGCCGACUUCGUGGAGCCUCGCCUACGGAGCAUCACGUACCAGGACUACCUUGGCCAUGCGAUGAGAUGGCAUGACGGACGUUUUGCCCGCCAUAAGACGUGGCCUUUCGUCGCCCUCAACACGCUGUUACAGGAAGCGAUGGCUGAGCCUGACGAGCCAGAGGCUCAGGACCUGAUCCAGUCGAUCACGCGCCAAGCCGCGGUAAUCAGGGGCACCCGGCCACCUGGCCUUUUCGUUACUGCAAAGUGGAAAGCAGCUCCUGAGGCGGCGCGCAUGGUCCUGUCCCGGCAACUACUGCGAGACAACGCCCACAUCGCCGCUUACCACUUCCAUAAGCGUUAUACGCUGUUUAGGACUAUUGUCCUGAAGCAGAAGUUCAACCUAACGGACUUUGGGGCCGUUACGAUCCGGGAGCAAUUCACCCGCAUCUGGGGAUAUCACGUAUCUGCUGUCAACCCAGAGCCUCAGCGAAUACAGGCGCCUGGGAAGGGAAUCCCUGAUCGGCAAUCUAUUGGAGCAGCCCUUACGGUUCAGUUCCUAUCAAUGGUGGUCAACCGCGUGCAACGCCACCGCUGCAACAACUACUGUAUGCAGCUCAAUAAGCAUACCAAGCAGGUGGAGUGCCGCUUUGGAUUUCCUCACGGACAGCGCCUGCUAGCCUCCCUUGACAAGGUUCCUCAUUCUAAGCACUGGAACUUCAGGGGCGAGAGGAACGAUGGCCAGAUUAACCACUACAACCGCUUGCUUACCGUUGCGUGGCUAGCCAAUACAGAUGUUUCGCCCUGCACGAGCCUCCAGCAGGUAAUCGAUUACGCGGCCAAAUACUGCUCCAAGUCGGAAAAGAAGAGCGAGUCUUUUGCCCAGAUCGGGAAGGCCCUGAUGCCCCGGGUCAAGGACCACAACCCCCUUAUUUCUUUCACGUCAAAGCUCCUCAAUCAGCUGGUUGCUGAGCGGGAUUACUCGAAGCAGGAGGCAUUCCCGCUCCUCCGUAUUGACGGCGAUGAGGUGGACGAGGCCCCCAAUGUUUACGAAAAGUACACUCAACGCCCGGAAGCCCUAGCGGACCUAAGCUACGUCUCCUUCCUCAAGUGCUGGAAUAUCCGUCCUAGGGACCCUUCCAAGUGGAAGCAAUGGCAGCCAGUCAACGUUAACGGCAGACCUCGUGUCACCACAGUCAUGGUGAUGACCAUUACGGUCGGCCAAAAGAGGCUCGAUUACAUCCCCAAGAUGAUCAAUAUGAGGCUCUGCCUGUGGAGGAAGAAUUUGAUGACGAAGACUGGAUUCGCCUCGCCGCCCUUUUACCUGGGAACCCCCUUACCCAGGAAGAUCUUGACCUUCUUGGCCGCCGUGAUAUCGAUGUCAAUUACGACUGGACACGGCAUCCACCCCAUGGCCAACGAUGUGGAGGUCCUUGGCCCUCACUGGCGUAAUACGCUGAAUCCGCAACAACGGCUCGUGUACGACACAUUCAUGGGUCACUUCCAGGCGAAAAAUCCUACUCAAAUCCUUCUCCACGUUGAUGGUGGUGGUGGCACCGGCAAGUCGUUCCUUAUCAAGGCCUUUCCACAGCGUAGCCUCGAGUUCUUCGGUGGUGUGAGCGUCUUGCUUGUGGGCGAUUUCUUCCAGUUACCACCAGUCCGGCAAAAGCCCCUGUAUUCGACUAGCACCAGCCUGUCUUCGUUGGAAAGGAGAGGGCAUGUGGCCUACCGGUUAUUUGACCGCACCGUCUUCCUGACCACGGUACAGCGCCAGGCUGGUGAUGACCAGGCUCAGUUCCGUCAGGCGUUGCAGGAACUGCGUGAAGUCAAGUUAUCCAUACCGUCCUGGAACCUCCUUAGCAGUCGGGUACAGGCCAGGCUAACGCAGAGCGAGGUUGACAGCUUCAGGGCCGCUUUGCGGGUGUAUUCUACAAGGGCCCGGGUCAACGAAUACAACUACGAGCAUAUGGUGCAUCUCAACGCCCCGGCAGUACAGGUGGAGGCAAAGAAUCAGGGCAAGGGCGCGGGGCAGGCACCAAGCGACAAUGCUGGCAAUCUAUCUAACAAGUUCCCUGUUGCUAAGGGCGCCAGGGGUACUGUAUACGAUAUCGCCUGGAACGCAGGCGCCGAGCCAUUGGAAGAUCCCCCGGCCGUUAUUAUGGUGGACUUUGAUAGCUACGACGGACCGCCAUAUCUAACAACUAACGAGGGCAGGAAAAUCUCACCCAUCCUCCCAAGCCUAACUAAGGAUCAAAUAGUUACUGAUCUCGCUACACGCGACUUCCAGGCCGGUAUUAGCUAUGUUGCUGUGUCACGGGUUACGUCGCUGCAAGGCUUACUCCUUGAGGCGCCUUUCGAUCGUCAGAGCCUCUAUAACCACACGCCGACGGAAGGGAUGAAGAUGCGCCUCGCUGACCAACAACGGCGUCAGGGUCAACAGCUGAGCGAUGCACCGUAUCCACCACUCUACCUUGACUAA